AAACAUAAAUUCGCAAACUUCAUGAUAAACCCUGAUUGACCAACGGAAGGGCUUCUGUUUUGCCUAAAACCCUAAAAACACAAACGGAAAUAACAGCAAAAGAUGGUGAAGUCUUAUCUCCGGUACGAGCCGGCGACGUCGUUUGGAGUAAUCGCUUCACUGGAUUCAAACAUAUGUUAUGACAGGUCCGGCAAACAUUUGCUUGCUCCGGCGUUAGAGAAGAUAGGCGUGUGGCACGUCCGUCAAGGCGUCUGUACUAAAACCCUAACGCCGUCAGCUUCUUCUCGUGGGCCCUCAGUCGCCGUUACUUCCAUCGCCGCUUCCCCUGCUUCUUCUCUGGUAGCAAGUGGUUAUGCUGAUGGUAGUAUAAGAAUUUGGGAUUCCGAGAAAGGAACUUGUGAGACGACGUUGAACGGACAUAAAGGAGCUGUGACUGCGCUUCGGUUUAACAAACUUGGAUCUUCGCUUGCUUCUGGAAGCAAAGAUAAUGAUAUUAUAUUGUGGGAUGUGGUUGGGGAGGCGGGACUUUUUCGUCUUCGUGGGCACCGUGAUCAGGUUACGGAUCUUGUAUUCUUGAAUUCAGGCAAAAAACUUGUUAGCUCCUCUAAAGACAAAUUUCUGAGAGUAUGGGACCUUGAAACGCAGCAUUGUAUGCAAAUUAUUAGUGGACAUCAUAGCGAAAUAUGGUCCCUGGAUGUCGACCCAGAGGAGAGAUAUCUGGUCACUGGAUCAUCUGACUCUGAACUCAGAUUUUAUAAUAUUAAGCAAAAUUUAGUGGAUGACAAGUCUGAUGUUGAUGUUACAACACUUGUGAGUAGUGAGGAUUCACUGGCCACUAGCAAGUGGGAAGUCUUAAAUUUUUUUGGAGAAAUUCCACGCCAGACCAAGGAUAGAGUUGCAACUGUAAGAUUUAAUAAGGUUGGGAAUCUGCUGGCCUGUCAAGCUGCAGGGAAGACGGUGGAGAUUUUCAAGGUGCUGGAUGAAUCUGAAUCCAAACGGAAGGCAAAGAGAAGAAUUAAUCGUAAGAAAGAGAAAAAAUCUUCAAAAGGGGGAGCUGAUGUAACUGAAGCUGAAGUUGCAAAUCAGGGAGGUAAGGAAGGGAGUACUAUAGUUGUCACAGUGGCUGAUGUUUUUAAGCUCACUCAGACAGUAAGAGCUGGCAAGAAAAUAUGUUCUAUUUCAUUCUGUCCGAUCACUCCUAAGAGUUCCCUAGCCACUUUGGCAUUGUCAUUGAACAAUAAUUUGUUGGAAAUUUAUUCAAUAGAAAGUGAUUCAACCACAAAAACUGUUGCUAUUGAGCUCCAGGGACACCGAUCUGAUGUGAGAAGUGUUACUCUUAGCUCAGAUAACACUCUUUUAUUGUCAACUAGCCAUAGUACAGUAAAGCUAUGGAACCCAAGUACUGGUUCUUGCCUUCGUACUAUUGACUCAGGAUAUGGAUUGUGCAGUAUAUUUGUUCCCGGUGACAAGUUUGCGGUUAUUGGUACAAAAGGUGGGACUCUAGAAGUCAUUGAUAUUAGGAGUGGCACAUGUGUUGAAGUAGUAGAAGCGCAUGGUGGCUCUAUUCAAUCUAUUGUUUCGACUCCUGAUGGGCAUGGGUUUAUAACUGGGAGUACAGAUCACGAUGUGAAAUUCUGGGAGUAUCAAACUAUACCGAAAGCUGAGCAGGGUACGAAGCAGCUGACAGUUUCCAAUGUGAAAAACUUGAAAAUGAACGAUGAUGUUCUCGUAGUUGUUGUUAGUCCGGAUGGUAAACAUAUUGCUGUUGCUCUUCUGGAUUGCACUGUGAAGGUAUACUAUAUGGAUUCUCUCAAAUUCUUCCUCACGUUAUACGGUCACAAGCUUCCUGUGUUAUGUAUGGAUAUAUCAUCUGACGGGGACCUAAUAGUUACUGGCUCAGCAGACAAAAAUUUUAAGAUUUGGGGUUUGGAUUUUGGUGACUGCCAUAGAUCUAUAUUUGCCCAUGCUGAUAGUGUUAUGGCGGUGAAGUUUGUCCAAAAUACUCACUACCUGUUUAGUGUUGGAAAAGAUCGUGUUGUUAAGUACUGGGAUGCUGAUAAGUUUGAAUUACUUUUAACUUUAGAAGGACACCAUGCUGAGGUGUGGUGUCUCUCAAUCAGCAAUCGUGGUGAUUUUAUUGUCACUGGAUCUCAUGAUCGUUCUAUACGACGUUGGGAUCGUACGGAAGAACCAUUUUUCAUUGAGGAAGAGAAAGAGAAAAGGCUGGAAGAUAUGUUUGACGCAGAUCUUGAUAACACUUUGGAUAGUAGGUAUGCCCCCAAAGAAGAAGUUCCUGAAGAGGGAGCAGUUGCAUUGGCAGGAAAGAGAACACAAGAAACCCUCACUGGCACCGACUCCAUUAUUGAAGCACUAGACAUAGCAGAAGCAGAACUGAAGCGCAUUUCUGAGCAUGAGGAAGAGACGAAACAGGGAAAGGCUGCUGAAUUCCGACCAAAUAUUCUUAUGCUCGGUCACUCUCCAUCUAAUUUUAUACUCCGUUCUCUUUCAAAUGUUCAUACUAAUGAUUUGGAGCAAACAUUACUGGCUUUGCCGUUCUCGGAUGCUUUAAAGCUCUUAUCCUUCUUGAAGGAUUGGUCCUUGAAUCCCGAUAAGAUUGAGCUUGUCUGCAGGGUAGCUACGGUGCUUUUGCAGUUACACCACAAUCAGUUGGUUGCCACUGCUUCUGCCAGACCGGUCUUGACCGUUCUUAAAGAUAUUCUUCAUUCAAGAGUUAAGGAAUGUAAAGAUACUCUUGGUUUUAAUUUGGCAGCUAUGGAUCACCUCAAGCAAUUGAUGAUUCUGAAGUCAGAUGCACUCUUCCGGGAUGCAAAAAUGAAAUUACUAGAAAUAAGAUCACAACAAUCAAAACGUGCUGAGGGAAGGCAAGAUACAAAAGAAAGAAGGAAAAAGAAGAAACAGAAAAAAUCAAAUGAUAUUCAUGUAUGGUCCUAAGUUUGCAAUCAUGGCCCACCAUUGUAGUUUCCUAGUGUCUGGAAAGGCGAUAGACAGUGAUACCUGCUAAAGCCGCACAAUUUUGAUACAUUACAAGAUAAAUUCUUGGAGCCUGGAUGCAAGUCAGCAGAACAAACGUGGCAAACUCUGUUAGUCAGUCAAUUGGCCAUUAAAUUAUUGCCCAGCUUUUCCGAGGUGCAUCUGGGAAUGUUGAUUUUUUGCUUAUCACUUGAUUGACAAUUUUGUUCGUUGUUGUAAAGUAUAGGUUCAAUUUGGUGAACUGCUAGCUAUACAUAUUGAAAGUUCUCUAGAAUCCUGAGUUAUGUUGAAAGGAAUCAGAACUCACAUGUGAUUCAUUGAAUUACUUUUGGAGGUAGAAGAGAAGUAUGACAAUCCUAACUUAUGAUCAGAAACAUGCCUAUUCCUAUUCAUAUUCAGUUAUUUUGUGGCUCGCU